GGCUUCGCUCUUAAUGAAAGCGAUAUUUCUUUUCCAUAUUCGGACUUUCCAUUACUGAUUUUUUUAUUCAGUUAUUUUUUUAAUUUUAGUGGACAUUUUCCCACCCCUGGGCUGAACAAUGAGGACUACUGGUGCAGUGGACUAUUUGUACUAUUGCAUGCUCAUCCUGCAGCUUGUGCAUCAGCCCGCUGCCAAGCAAGUGCUCCGGUACCGUUUAGCUGAGGAGGGACCAGCAGAUGUCAGAGUAGGGAACGUAGCCACCGACCUGGGCAUUGUUGCCGGGUCCGGUGAGGUGACAUUUACUCUCGAAUCGGGGUCCGAUUUUUUCAAGAUAGACAACAUUACAGGUGAGCUCACCACCAAUGAGAGGCGGAUAGACCGUGAAAAAUUGCAGCAGUGCCAAAUGAUAUUUGAUGAAAACGAAUGUUUUAUUGAUUUCGAGGUGUCAGUGAUAGGACCAGCCCAGAGCUGGGUCGACCUCUUUGAAGGGAAAGUCAUCAUAUUAGAUAUAAAUGAUAACACCCCGUCUUUCCCUUCCCCUGUCCUGACACUGUCUGUGGAGGAAAACAGACCCAUUGGAACCCUUUAUCUGCUGCCCACAGCCACAGACAGAGAUUUUGGCAGAAAUGGAAUAGAGAGAUAUGAGCUUAUUCAGGACAAUGGGGAGAAUUCAAGGCGCUUGGGGUCUUCUGGGGAUUCAUUCUCGGGGAAGAGGAGAUUUGAGGAGGGAGCGAGCAGGAGCAGUGUCUUUGAACUGCAAGUUGCUGACACUACUGAUGGAGAGAAGCAGCCGCAACUCAUCAUUAAGGGGGCCCUUGAUAGGGAACAGAGAGACUCCUAUGAGCUUACGCUGCGUGUUAGGGAUGGAGGAGAUCCCCCUCGCUCCUCUCAGGCCAUUCUUAGAGUAAUGAUAACUGAUGUGAAUGACAACAGCCCUCGGUUUGAGAAAAAUGUGUAUGAAGCUGACCUGCCAGAAAACAGCUCCCCUGGCGCCCCCAUACUCCAGCUCAAAGCGGCUGACGCAGACGUGGGGGUUAACGGUCAAAUAGAAUAUGUGUUUGGGGCAGCCACAGAGUCAGUAAGGAGGCUGCUGAGGCUGGAUGAGAGCACAGGGUGGCUGAGUGUGUUGCACCGCAUUGACCGUGAAGAAGUGAGCCAACUGAGGUUUACAGUAAUGGCCCGUGACCGAGGCCAGCCACCCAAGAUGGACAAGGCCACAGUGGUGCUGAACAUCAAGGAUGAGAAUGACAAUGUGCCUGCUAUAGAAAUCCGAAAAAUUGGGCGCAUUUUCUUAAAAGAUGGGAUAGCAAAUGUGGCCGAGGAUGUGGUGGUGGACACGCCCAUUGCUUUAGUUCAGGUGUCAGAUCGUGACCAGGGGGAAAAUGGCAUAGUGACUUGCACAGUGGUAGGAGAUGUGCCGUUUCAACUCAAACCGGCAAGUGAGAUGGAGGGUGAGCAGAAUAAAAAGAAGUACUUCCUUCACACAUCUGCACCACUGGACUUUGAGACAAUACAGGAAUAUAAUGUGGUCAUAGUGGCCGUGGACUCUGGAAGCCCCAGUCUGGCAAGUAAUAAUUCUCUUAUUGUCAAAGUGGGCGACACUAAUGACAACCCUCCUGUCUUCAGCCAGAAUGUAGUGGAGGUUUCGUUUCCAGAAAACAAUGCCCCUGGCGAGAGGGUGACAACAGUGAAAGCCAUAGAUGCAGAUAGUGGGAGGAAUGCUGAAAUAGCCUAUUCCCUAGACUCAUCAGUAAAUGGGAUUUUCUCUAUUGAUGCAGACAGUGGAGACAUCCGAGUAAACACCAUUCUGGAUAGAGAGCAAACAGAGCGCUACGAAUUCAAAGUGAUAGCCAAAGAUAAGGGCAUAAACACCCUUCAGGGUUCUGCAACAGUGGUUGUCCUUGUGGCCGACAAGAAUGACAAUGAACCAAAGUUCAUGCAGGACGUUUUCACCUUCUAUGUCAAAGAAAACCUUGAUCCAAACAGCCCAGUUGGCAUGGUUACAGUAAUCGAUGCAGACAAAGACCAAAAUGCAGAAAUGGGCCUUUUUAUUGAGGAAGAGGAGGACAUCUUCUCUAUUGAGAAUGAAACUGGGACUAUUUUUUCCACCCUUUCAUUUGACCGAGAGCAGAAAGGUACCUACACAUUCCGUGUCAAAGCUGUGGAUGGAGGCGACCCUCCCAAAUCUGCCACUGCCACAGUUUCACUCUUUGUCAUGGAUGAAAAUGACAACGCUCCCACAGUCACUUUCCCGAUAAACAGCUCCUACACCCUCCUUCCUCCAUCCACUAACAUCAGAGCUGUGGUCAGAAGUGUCACAGCCAGUGAUGCAGAUACCGGCAUUAAUGCAGUCCUGAACUUCAGCAUCAUUGGGGGUAACCCUUUUAGACUGUUUGAGAUCGAUGCAGAGAGGGGGGUGAUUUCACUGAUGGCGAAGCUGGAGCAGAAGCACCACGGCCUCCACAGACUCGUGAUUCAGGUCAAUGACAAGGGGCAGCCUUCACAGAGCACCACCACACUGGUUCAUGUGUAUGUUAACGAGACCCUUUCCAACUCCACAGUGGUGGAGGCCCAGGUGGCUAAGAGCCUAAGCACAUCUCUGAACACCAACAUUGCCGGUGACCCCAACUAUGACCUAAGCAAACAGCGGUUAAGCAUUGUAAUUGGAGUAGUUUCAGGCAUCAUGACAGUCAUUCUCAUCAUUCUUGUGGUUGUCAUGGCCCGCUAUUGCCGUCCAAAGAACAAGAAUGGUUAUGAGGCUGGCAAGAAGGACCAUGAAGACUUCUUUACACCACAGCAGCAUGACAAAUCCAAGAAGCCCAAGAAAGAUAAGAAAAAACAGAAGUCAAAACAGCCUCUCUACAGCAGUAUUGUCACUGUAGAGGCCUCCAAACCCAACGGGCAGCGCUAUGACGGCGUCAACGAGAAGCUGUCAGACAGCCCUGGCAUGGGCCGCUACCGUUCAGUCAACGGAGGGCCGGGAAGCCCAGAUCUGGCCCGGCACUACAAGUCCAGCUCGCCACUCCCGACUGUGCAGCUUCACCCGCAGUCACCGACAGCUGGAAAAAAGCACCAGGCAGUUCAGGACCUGCCCCCUGCCAAUACCUUUGUUGGCACCGGAGAUAACAUUUCCCUUGGAUCUGACCACUGCUCUGAAUACAGCAGUCAAACUAUCAACAAGUACAACAAACAGGAGAAAAAGAGCAUUAAAAACUCCCGGCCCUUGCCUGACGUAGCCAUGACUGGCAAGUGCACCCGGGAAUGUGACGAGUAUGGCCACUCGGACUCCUGCUGGAUGCCUGUGCGCACGUCGCCCGAGCGACGGCCAUCCAAGUCAACCACCACCCCCCAACAACCAAAGCUUUCCACUUUCAUGAGCGGCAAUGGCAGUGGCAGCAGCAGCGCCGAGCAGCCCGGCAGCCAAGAGACCCUCGCCAUGGCCGCCAUGGCCAAUGGAGACCCCACCGCUGCUCACAUGAUGGGUGACCGCAAUCGCAACCUGCUCAACAAGAAGAUGGCCUCCUCCUCCUCCUCCUAUGAGGCCUUUGGCUCGCCUUCCUAUGGCUCGCCAGGAGCCGGGGAGGAGGUGCUGGGCCACCCCACUGAGGAGAUCCCCCUUGCACCCACUGGGGAGUACAAGCCCACAUCCUGUGGUACUCUGACGCGACGGGAGGUGUAUCUGUGAGCUGGAAGGGCUAGACGCACUUCACGUGUCACAACAUGUGGCAUUCAAACACAACAAUAAGCAUAGCUGCUUACCCACCACCAUUACAGCUCUAGAAGCUUUUAGCCAGCCUUGUUCCAUGCAAGGUAGGACUAAACUUUCUCCAAAGACUUUUACGACAGCUCCUUAAUGAAAAAUCUAUGUGGAUAUAUAAACAUAGUCACCAUUUUUAAAGUGCUAAUUCCGGCCAUGACCUGGACGAAAGGAGGAGGAGGAGGAAAAACUGAGGAGGGCACUGAUAACUUUCUGUGAGGUUGUUCUACUGGUGAGUCGGGCUCUUAGGACACAGUCUGCUGCCUGACAGUCAGUCUGUACAGUAAUCAACUCAUUUUACACAUACAGUACAUGCAUGCAUUAACCCCUGUUUCCAUUAAGGGCCCCAUUCCCUGAAGAUGACAUUAUACAAAAAGAGACCUUUUCUUUUUCUGUUGAUGUUUUUUUUUUUUUUUUUUCUAGAAACAAAGCUGUACAUGUAGACUAUUUUGACUUUACAGUGUGUCUGGAUAUGCCUUUUUUUAUUUCACAACAGUGUCUGGACAUGAUGUUCUGCAGCUGAAGUAAUAUAUUGGACAAAAAUGGUCUCAUGGUGUCAUAUAGACCACGGAUUCUGUCAUCUUUACUGUUUGUGAUAAACGUUGCAGACCAAAAGUCAACUGCUUUUGAAUCUUAUAAGGAUGGGAAAGACUAAGCUUUAAAUACUAAGUCGUCUCUUGAUAUGGAAAAUUGUGGAUGGAAAUGGGAGCCAGUGCAGUUUGCUGCAACAACACCUUGGUUAGACUACAACCCUACUGGUAGACUACGACAAACUUUUGAUGACUGACUCUAACCUACCAGUGUGCACGCUCUUUACAGGAGUCACUCAUUGUACAUAAACAUCAGAUCGCAGCGACAGUGCUAACCGCUCUCAUUCCCUUUUGUCUCGCUACCUUUCCUCAGUCUCUCGUUCUUUGUUUUUGAUUGGCGAGAUCGAGACCCAAACCCUCCUAAUAAAUGCAAGAUCUUACAGCCAUCACCUACAAUUGCAUUGGCUAGAACAGCAUGUGUGUCCACAAUUGUACAUUUCGGAUUACCUUAGUGGGAUGCUAGUAUUUAUACAAAGUUGUGAUACUUACCCUGUUUUUCUCAAACACACACGCAGACACACAUAUACAGAAGCAGAAAAGGCAGAUUCGUUUAACUGAGGCCGGUGGCACCGCUACACUGACUCACUGAAAAUCCUGGGUAAGCACAGUGUGUGGCAUGAGAUUAAAAUUGUCAAGGUUCAAUGGAAACUGUAUGUGUGUACUGGCCAGAUAUGCAGUAUAUAGUGUGUUUGGCCAAGUUGGUUCUAAAACAGCUGCAAGUACAGCUUUUUUUUUUUUUUUUGAAAUGGUUAUUUCAUUUUUUUGUUGUUGUUGUUGUUGUUGUGUGAUAGGACUGAGCAAUAAAUACCAUAAUGCACAUGUGACCAACAAGCAUCAACUUCUCUUUCUCUUCUUCUCAAGCCUUCGAGGUGACAUUAACCCACACACGUCUGUCUGAUAGUCUUUUUAGCAGUAGUAGAUGUCGCUUUCCUUAGUACACGGCGAUGGCUCUUUGAGCAUGAAUGUAAGAAUCAGCUCAAUGGAAAAACAAUCAAAAAGCAACGUCUGAAUGAGCAGAUUCCAGCAGGUUUUUGGAUUACAUGCUGAAAAAUUUGGUGUCACACCGAAACCAAAGCUUCACACGCAGGAUGAAGCAUUUCCUUUUCACACGCAGACACACACAAAAAAAAGAAAGGACUUUGCUUUGAGUAUACAGUACAAGAAGAAUUUUGUUUUUAAUGAAGGUUUGAGCUUGAAUGAUAAGAAUGUGAUGUCUCAACAAAACAUCCAUUCCACCCUCAGAGCUGAUGCUUUAUGAACACUUACACACAGACACAUAACAAUGUUGAGAUGUUGUGCCUCCCUGUCUCCAGUGACUUUUUCUUUUCUUUUCUUUGUUUUUUUUUUUGGUUUUUUUUUGCAGCUCCAGAGGUGCAAAAUCUCAUGACUGUAAUAAAGCAAAAGAUGCAAUGGAACUUUUUGUAUGUUAGCAAAACCCCUUUGGUUUGACCGGAGAUGCUUUUUCUUGCAUUCCGGCAAUCUAUAGUCUGUAAGUACUACUUGUUGUUUGAAAGAAAGUGCUCCUAUACUUAUCAACUGUAUACAUAAAUAAUUACUUUUUAACUGCACGUUUAAUGGGAACUUACUUCACUUACUGAGAAGGAAGAAGAAAAAAAAACUGUAAAACGAAAUGUACAAAAAAAAAAAAUGUUAUCCCUGUAAACAUAGAAGUUCAUCUUUUUGCUCGCUUUUGUUAUACCUAAACCCAUGAGUUGUGUAAUACAAUGUAGAACAUCAAUUUGGACUAUGCUGUUGAUUUUUUUUUUUCCCAUACAUUUUUCUUAAUUUCAUCAUUGUUUCAUCUCAUAUCACAACACAAACCCAAACCUUUCAUGUGUUUCUUUUUCAUCAGCUUUGUACUGUAAGGUUGUGAUUUAUUUAUUUUUAUUUUUUUUAAAUCUUUAUCUUGUGUUUGCUUUUUUUUUUUUUUAAACUCAUACAGUGAUUUGCUACACAAUAACCGUCAAAACCGUGGAAAUGAUCAUGACAGUAUACUAUGUGUUUUUUCUUUAUCUGGUGCCACUUUGUAUAUUUAGAGUGCUUCUGAAAAAACAAAAAAAAAAAAAAAAAAAAAUAAAAAAAAAAAAAAAAAAAAAAAAAAUGAGAGUGAAUGCAAAUAUGCAAUUGUGCCUUUUUAUACCAAUCGGUAUGAUUAAAUGUUGGUUUGGAAUGGUACAUAAACAAUUACGUUGACAUGCUCACAAAAAUAAAUGGGGUGGCAUUUAAGGACUGAAAAAACAUUUGCAUAUCUUAGAUGAAAUCCCAUGAUGUCAAAGGCUUGUUGAAGGACGACCAGUCAAAUGUCAGUGAGCCUGUAGGUCUAAUAGUCAAGUGGCUAUUGCUCUUUGGGUUCAAUUACCUUGUUGAAAUAUCCAUUCCUAGCUUAGUGCAUUACCGAAUGAGUGCAGGUACAUUCAAAAGUUGCUUGUUGGUAGAAAUAAUAAACGAUAUAAUGGAUUUUUUUUGUCGUGUUCCACUCAUGUACGUGUGUGACAUCAGAGGUCGAGUAACCUUCUUUGUGCAUGAAACAAGCUCUAGGACUGAUUUUAGAAGCUUAGCGAGAUAGAGAGCGGGAAAAAGAAAUUUGAAAAAAAAAAAAUGCUUGGAGACAUUUGACUGCUCAGAGUUGAGGGAGCCUAGAGAUAAAAAUGCUAAUGUGACGGUUUACUAG